CCCUUUGAACUACUUGUCCUACUGAUGGCGUAUAAGAAAGGAACCCAAGCCUGGUCAUCAAAUUUGCGAAAAUAUGUAAUAGUUGCUGUUAUCUUUUUUAUAUUUUAUUCGUUUGUUAUUUCUCCUUUACGCAACUCUUCAGGGCAACAGCGACUCAGUCAAUUUGGCAAAGACAAAGGAGAUAUCGAUCAACUACCUGACGAUGUUGAUUAUCAUCUUAAGGACAUAAAACUAUCGAACCUGUCACCAAAUAUAUUACAGCAAAAUCAACAACAACAAAAGGAAGAAGAUAUUCUUCAAAGACAAAGUGUAUUCGACAGUACCAUGUUCUCAUCAUCUACUAAUGAUGAUCCUCUGAAACCUAUCACUGCCAUCUUACUAAGGAAAGCCAACGACGAGCAAGCUAUUGAGCAUCUUAUUCUACAGCUAUUGAGAUAUCCUUUCUUUCGAGAAAUAUUCAUAUAUAACACCAUAACAAGCCGACCCAUAAACGAGCGAUCAUUUGCCGAUAAGAAUGUAGAUAAUAUAAAACUACAUAUCAUCAACGUGUCUAAAAAUGAACGACUGGAUACACUAUCUAGAUAUACUUUAUGUGCAUCAGUGGCAUCUUAUGAUCACUGCUAUUUCCAAGACGAUGAUGUUGGUAUCUAUGAUGGCAAGAACAUAGAUGAUACUGCUUUAGGAAAUCCAGUUAAUACCUACUGGGAUACUCUUUAUGUCAAUUUCUUACGAUAUCCCUCAUUGAUUCACGCCAAUGUUCAACCGUCUCGGUUCAUUGAUCAUUAUCGGUGGCGAUUCUAUAAUCAAGGAAUCAAAAUGCAUGCUGGUUUUGUCGAUUUAGCGUUCGGUGCUAUUGUUCCAAAAUGGAAGGUACAACACUUUUUGACGCAGCUAGGUAAAUCUGGAUUAGGUAAAGAUAGAAUUUAUGAGGCCGAUGCCUAUUUUUCUAUUUGGUCGAAUCAAUAUCCAUGGCUUCUCGAUAAUCCCCUUCAAAAUUCAAGUCCUACUGAUGGUUUGAUAUCAACCACAACAUCUGAUAGCGAUAAUGAUGUAUCGACCUUUGAAAAAGUGAUGUGGCCUAGUCCCCAUAUAGGAGACACAAGACGGAUGAUAUAUGACGCUGCACGUAGGCUUCAUCGUACCUUGUUAUCCGAUUUGACUGCUAAUCCGAAAGACUAUAUGGACCGUAUAGAAGAAAUGCCUCCAAUGCAUCAACGAGAUACUCGAGCAUCUUGUAUCAACGAUCGGUGCUUGUUUAUUUCAAACAUUGAUCCCAUUCCAUCAGAGCAAUUGGAUAUGAUACCAGCCUUUGAUAAAGCCAAAUAUACAAACCCUAAGGAUUGGGAUAAUGUGUUAGAUGAAUAUUUAGAUCUACCUAAUAGUGAUACUUGGAUUGAUGAAGGUUAUCACAAUGCUGUGGAUCAAAGAAAUGACACCUGUUGGAAUACUAGAUCCAAUCCUCAAGUCAAUGAUUACUUUGGAUUAAUCACACUUGGUAAUGGUUUACCUUCUCAAGUGGUAAUAACAACUUCUACCAGUGUUCCUGCUAUGACACCUACCAAUCAACUAUUUAAAGUCAGUCGCUUGGAAAAUAAAAACGAUUGGCUGGAAUGUAACAUCCUACAUCAUUCAACAUCUGCUAAUCCCACAAACAAUAUUGAAAAAACGAUCAUCACAGAUAUUCGUCUAGAUAUUGAUUGUAACUAUGAAGAAAACGAUCAACAAGAUAAACAAUAUAUACAUGAUGCCAUUCAUGCUCUCAAGAUCACUUUUUUACAAAACUGGAAGCAAUCUUUUAGCUUAUGUGGAAUGUCUAUCAAUUCCCUCACCAUCUGAAAUAAACACUUUCAUUCCCCCCCCCGA